AAUAAAUAAUGCCCAUACAAUUUUUAUUAUUAGUAAUAAAAUCCCAAAACAAAUACACACGCCUUUAACCGAUUGAGCAGAUUACAUUACAAUAAUAAAAAAAAACAAAACAAACACAGCCUACAGGACCUCGAAGAAAUCCCCAAAUCCCAAAAAAAACAACAAAACCGAAUCAUUAAUUAAAAUCCCAAAUUCGAAAUCCAACAAGAAUGGUUUCUUCUUCUGCUUCGAGCUCAUCAUCGUCAUCAUCGUCGUCGUCUUUGCUGAUCGGAGGCUUAAUCGUGCUCUGGUACGCCUCCAACAUCGGCGUUCUUCUGCUCAACAAGUUCCUCCUCUCCAACUAUGGCUUCGCCUUCCCAAUCUUCCUCACAAUGUGUCACAUGUCCGCCUGCGCUCUCCUCAGCUACAUCUCCAUCGUCUUCCUCAAAAUCACACCCUUCCAGAGCCUCAAAUCGCGCCACCAGUUCCUCCGCAUCGCCACGCUCAGCAUUGUCUUCUGCGCCUCCGUCGUCGGCGGCAACAUCUCCCUCCGAUACCUCCCCGUCUCCUUCAACCAGGCCGUCGGCGCCACCACGCCUUUCUUCACCGCUCUCUUCGCCUUCCUCGUCACUCAGAAGCGAGAAGCUUGGAUCACCUAUGGCUGCCUCGUCCCCGUCGUUGCCGGCGUUGUUAUCGCCAGUGGGGGUGAGCCGAGCUUCCAUUUAUACGGUUUUAUCAUGUGUAUAAGCGCGACUGCUGCCAGAGCUUUCAAAUCGGUGCUUCAAGGUGUCCUCCUUUCUAAUGAAGGGGAAAAAUUGAACUCGAUGAAUUUGUUGCUUUACAUGGCCCCGAUAGCCGUCUUGGUUUUGCUUCCGAUCGCACUUGUGAUGGAACCGCAAGCAAUAGACAUGGUUCUUUCGCUAGGGACCGACCAAAAGCUCAUGUGGAUUCUUCUUCUUCUUAAUUCGACGAUGGCUUACGGCGCCAACUUGUGCAAUUUCUUGGUUACGAAGCACACUAGCGCUCUCACUCUCCAGGUACUCGGCAAUGCUAAAGGCGCAGUGGCUGUGGUUAUAUCGAUUCUAAUAUUCAGAAACCCGGUGACCUUCAUCGGUAUUGCCGGCUACACAAUGACCGUAUUGGGAGUCGUCGCUUACGGUGAAUCCAAGAGGCGAUACACCUGAGCCGAACUCGAACUUAAAAUCGUAUAUUCUUUUUUUUUUUUGGAAGAAAUCGAGAUCGGAUCAAGAGAGAUCGAUUUAACACGAAAAAGGUUCGAUUUCGAUUUGACGGGAAUUUAAUUCUUGGAUAUUAAUUAAUGUAUGAAUGAUCUUUCCAUACAUCCCAUACAUCUAUUCGUAUGCAAUUGAAAGACAAGAAUGGAUUCAA